UCCACUCCUCCACGUCACCUCCCGUCCCUCCACCACCAGUCCACCUCCAGUACCAUCAGUUUGUCCUUGCGCCUAACCGACCACCACAAGCUCUGGUCGCGAUGGGCGGGACAACCAGCAAGAACGUGAGGAAGUGGCCGAGGGAGACGCUUUGUGACCAUGACGGGGGCAUCAACUGUAUGGCUGCCUCUGAGGAUGGGUCCCUCUUGGUCACCGGCUCAGAGGACAAGACGGCAAGGCUCUGGGAACUGGGAGGCCAAGAGACGAGCUGCUUGGGGAUCAUGCGCGGCCACUCGAACUACAUCUCGUGCGUCACCGUCAUGGACACCUUCAUCCUGACGGGCUCCGCGGACUCCACCCUCAGGAAGUGGGACACCAUCUCGUGUGACUGCCUCUUCACCUACCGAGGCCAUGAGUCCCGCAUCUCCCGCCUCCUGUGCACCGGCGAGUACGUGCUCAGCGCCUCCCACGACCACACCGCGAAGGCCUGGCGCGUGAAGGACGAGGACCUGGAGGGCCUCAGCGAUGAGAAGGCGUUAAUACGGACCUUCGAGGGUCAUACGGCCGGCGUGUACUCCCUGGUGGUUGACCCCGGGGAGGAACGGGAGAAGGAGAUGGGCUACGGGGACCUGGUCAUCACGGGGAGCCUCGACUGCACGGCCCGUUCCUACGACUUCAUCUCCGGGACGUUCCUCAAGGAGUUCGUAGGGCAUACUGGGUGCGUGGUGAGCAUGGUGACGGACCCCGGGGCGCGGCUACUGUACACGGGCAGCGCCGACAAGACCAUCCGAACGUGGGACAUCGACAAGGGCAUCAACUACAGGCUGUUCGAGGGCCACAAACACCACAUCACAUGCCUCCUGCCCCUCAGCCAGCUCCUGUACAGCGGUGACGGCGGCGGGUUUGUCAGGGCCUGGGACCUCACGCGGCGGGACUACCUCAAGGGCGGGGCAAGAAACAAGGUGAUGAACCAGGACUCCCUCACCUCCUUCAGGCCCGCCACCAACACCAUCAACUCUAUCAAGCUCCACAAUGGAAUGCUGUUCGUGGCCAGCGGGGAUAACAUGGCCCGCGCCCUGGACCCCGCGACGCAGAGCUUGGUGGCGGUGUUCAGCGGGCAUCGCAUCGCCGUCACGUGCAUGGCCAUCUGCGGAUCGAGGCUGUACACGGGCAGCACCGACACGACCCUCAUGGUGUGGGACUUGCCCAAGCUGAGGGCGCUAGGCGAGGAGCCAUCAAGCUCGGAGGAGGAAGAGUCCGAGGAAGACGAAGAUUAAAGGCAAUGGUCUCCAGGAAGCAACUUUUCUUCUUUUCUUUUCUUUUUCUUUUUUUCUUCCUGACAGCAACUCUGAAGGUGGAUUAAAGUCAUGGCAUUUAC